AUGCUGAAGGCCUUCGAAGAGCCUUGGAAGGUGCUCUUUAGUCAGUACGCCAAGCCCCGGCGGGGCGCCACGGGCAAGCGCUUGGAGAUGAGGCUGGAGGUGCUGGAGUCUCUUCUUGCGGACUUGGACCUCUUGGGCCGCAUCCAAAAGCGGCAAGUACCUGCCCUCUUCAAGUCUGCCCUGCCAAAGCCCACCGAGGAGGCGCUGCUGGUGGAGAACUUCCUGACUUUGGUGCCGCGCCUCGCGAAGUUCUUUCCGCCAGAGACCGUGCCCAUGACCGACUUUGGAGUCUCGGUUGCCCCAGAGGCAGGGCAGCAGGAGCUCUGCACUUUGCUGCGGCACCUGGAGACUUUGGCGGACACGUCCCACAACUCCUCGCUGCGAGUGGCACGGCCAGUCUUGGCCAGGGCCAAGCGACGCUGGGUGCUGGCCUACGCGAAGAAGGUAUUGCGGGAGGCCAACGCCCAGUUGAUGGCAGAGGACCCUGAUGAGAUCGACUUGCCGGACGGCUUCGCUAUAGGGGUGAGGCAGCCGCCCAAAGUUCAUUUGGUGCCGGCGGGCUUGCCGAUUUCCCAAGCUGAGCAGGGGCCCAAAGCGCGAGGCUACACCUGGGCGGACCAAGACCCAUGGCCUUCGUCAAGGGCCACGAGGAAGACCUCUCUGUUCUCGAGCCGCGGGAAGAUGCACAGGAGGGGCACCGGGUGCACAGACGUGCUGAGCCGAAAACCGGCGAGCGGAAUGAGGCAGCGUCGCCGGCUCCGGCUCCCCCGGCCGCCCCGGCGCCGAGCGGCUCUCCGAAGGAAGAGGAGAAGCCGAAGCGGUCUCGGGCGCCGGCACCUGCAACUGGAAAUGCGCGUGCAGUGCCCAGCCAGGCGCCUGCCAGAGCACCUAGCGCUCCGAGAACUGAAGAGGAGAGAAGCCGGAGAAGCUGGAGAAGUCGGAGAAGCCGAAACGCCGAGCAGUGCCGGCACGCCCACCAGCGGCCGCGCCCGCGCCGGCACCUUCGCCGGCGCCGGCGCCGGCGCCUGCGCCCGCACAGCCAGCGCCUGCGCCGGCAGCGGCAGCGGCUGCAGCAGCGGCGCCGGCAGCGCCGGCGCCAGUUGCUUCGGCAGCUGCGCGAGGUGCUCCAAGAUCUCAGAGCCGGCCCAGAGAUGCGAAUGCCUCCCGAAGCAAUCCCCCGAAAGCACGGGAGGAGGAGAGGUUUCUCGACAGCGCGAGGCGCGCUCGCGGGACAGAGGACGGGCCCAGUCGAGCCAACCGCCAGCGCGCACUGUGAAGGUGGACGAGGCCAACGCGGCACCGGCGGCCGCUGCCGCCUCCGUGCCGCUGGGCCAGCUGUCCCCGGCGCAGGCGGAGGCCGCCAAGCGGCAGCGCAGGUUGCAUCGUCACCACACCUUCGCGGAAGAAGGAAAGGCGCGGCAGGAAGCGCUUCAAGCGGCCUUAGGUGCGGAGCCGGUGCAGAGGCUCUUCAAGGCCUGGGAGCCCAACUUCCGGCGCAGCUACGACUUCUUCCAGCGCUGGAAGCCCUCCUCCAGUGGAGAGAUGACCCUCGCCGGUUUUCUGCUGCUGGGGGAUUGCUUUGGCAUCCUGGAGAAGGACGAUCUCAAGGUGGCCUUCAAGCGCGGGGCCGGCCACGAGCUGUCCCUCGCAGAUAUGCCGAACGUGCUGAUGCACUGCGUGGCGCGAUCUGUGGAGGUGGAGUGCCAGGUGCUGGGCGUGCCGGAUGAAGGGCCUGUCACGGACCCAGAGGUGCUGUCGCAGGCCUACGAAAACCUGUGUCGGCACAUGAUGCUCAACAAUGGGCGCACGCUGGGCAAGUGCCUUGAUAGCUAUCGUCGUGCGGGGCAGGUGUUGGAUCCGUUUACAGUUCAGCUGCCGGAGAAGUACACCGAGGUGGAAGAAGCCAAGGAGGAUGCAGGCGCUGCGAGCGCAGAAGCCCCGGCCGAAGCGGGCGAGCCUCCUGCGCCGGAAGUGCCUGCGGAAGGCUCGCCCCAAGCACCAGCGGAGGCAAAAGGAUUGGAGGCGAAAGGGGAUGAAAAGGGCGAAGCGGCGGGAGAGCCGAAGGAAGGAGCUCACGCCGCCGAACCAGGUGCCGCACCAGCAGAGCCAGAGGCACCUGCGCCUGGGGUGGAGGCUAAGGAGGGGCCUUCCGCCGGCACCGAGCCUUCGGCCGAGGGUGCCGGGGCUUCAGCUGCCGAGGCAGCGGCGCCCAAGGCUUCGGCGCCAGAAGGCUCCGCAGAGCCGACGGAGCCCGCGGCCGCGGAGCCGACGGCCGCGGAGCCGACGGCUGCAGAGCCGACGGCAGCGGAGCCCACGGCAGCGGAGCCCACGGCAGCGGAGCCCGCGGCAGCGGAGCCUGCGGCUGCAGAGCCGACGGCUGCGGAGCCGACGGCCGCGGAGCCAACGGCAGCAGAGCCGACGGCAGCGGAGCCCGCGGCUGCAGAGCCCACGGCAGCAGAGCCAGCUGCAGCAGAGCCGACAGCAGCGGAGCCGGCUGCACCGGCGGAGCCAGGAGCAGGCGAUCAAUGA